AUGGCCGACCAGACUCCUGACUCGUGGGAGGACGAGCUCUCCAGACAGACCGAGGGCGUUCAUUUGAACCAGAACGCACAAUCUCGACCCCAGCCUCAGGCUCCUACCUUCCACCCGGGAGCGAUGUCUUUUCAGCCUGGUGCUAAUGCUUUUGUUCCUGGACAGGCGUAUCAGGGAUACGGUGGUUUCCCUCAAUAUGGCCAAUACGGUCAGCAGCAAGCAUACAGCCAAUAUGGCGCAUACGCCCAACAACCCGGCGGUUACAAUCAGAACUUUAACCAACAGUACGGAGGUUACCAACAGCAGCAGUUUCCUCAACAACAGCGUCAGGCGGCCUCCGUCCCUACGCAGAAGCCUCAGGCCCCCGUGACUACCUCCCAGCCUGCCCCGUCAGCUGCGGCCCCUCCCAAAGCCAAGGUCCUGUCGAUCGGCGGUACCAGCAAUUCCGCCUCCGCUCCUAAGACGAAAGUUCUCUCGAUCGGUACUCCUUCGCCUGCCCCCUCGAACGCCCCAUCUUCCGAGUCCGGUACUCCUGGGAACUCUAAGGGGCCUGAGGCUGCCCAGGCGGCCGCUAAGGUGACUGCCACCAAAGCCAUUGAGAAGACCGAGAAGAAGGCGGAACAGAAAGCAGCGGCCAGUGGUACACCGUCUCCCGCACCCUCCGGUCGUUCCAGCCCCGGUCGGUCGAGCCCGGCUCGGGCAGAAGCUCCCAAGGCCGGCCGGGAUGCGAACGCUGUGGCAAUGGAGCAACAAGCGGAUGUGGACGAAGAAACCUUGAAGGAAAUCUACGGUGAAAAGAAGGAACAUGUGAACAUUGUAUUCAUUGGACAUGUCGACGCCGGAAAGUCUACUCUGGGUGGAUCAAUCCUCUACGUCACUGGUAUGGUAGACGAACGAACACUGGAGAAAUACAAGCGAGAUGCCAAGGAAGCUGGUCGAGAGACCUGGUAUCUUUCGUGGGCCCUGGAUCUCACCAACGAAGAGCGUGCCAAGGGAAAGACGGUCGAGGUUGGCCGUGCUCACUUUAAGCUUACUGUGCAGUCGCCCGACGGACCGGCUGAGCGGCAUUUCUCCAUCCUGGAUGCCCCCGGCCACAAGUCUUAUGUCCAUCACAUGAUUGGCGGUGCUUCGCAGGCAGAUGUGGGUGUUCUGGUUAUCUCCGCCCGAAAGGGUGAAUACGAGACCGGAUUUGAAAAGGGCGGACAGACCCGUGAGCACGCUCUCCUGGCGCGCAACAGUGGUGUCAAGAAGCUCAUCGUGGCUGUCAAUAAGAUGGACGACCCGACCGUUGAGUGGAGCAAGGCCCGUUUCGAUGAGUGCACGGUCAAGGUGUCGAAAUUCCUGGAGAACCUCGGUUACAAAAAAGAUGAUCUGACCUUCAUGCCUAUCUCCGCUCAGCGAACCUUGGGAGUCAAGGAUCGUGUUCCCAAGGACCUCGCGCCAUGGUACAACGGGCCCUCUCUCAUUGAAUACUUCACUGACAUGAAGAUGCCCGAGCGUAAGAUCAAUGCGCCUUUCAUGAUGCCCAUCACCGCCAAAUACCGUGAUAUGGGUACCAUGAUCGAAGGUCGUAUUGAGUCCGGCGUGAUCAAGAAGAAUGCUACCUGCAUCAUGAUGCCGAACCGCACGGACGUCCAGAUUACAGCCCUCUAUGGAGAGACCGAGGACGAAAUUCCGAACGCAACCUGCGGAGAUCAAGUCCGUAUGCGUCUUCGUGGAGUGGAAGAAGAGGACCUCCUACCCGGAUUCGUGCUUUGCUCGCCCAAGCGUCUGGUGCAUACGGUGUCUAGCUUCGAAGCCAAGAUUCGAAUCCUCGAGCUCAAGAACAUUCUCACCGCUGGCUUUAAUUGCGUGAUGCACGUGCACUCCGCCGUAGAGGAGGUCUCGUUUGGAGCCCUCCUUCAUAAGCUUGAGCCGGGCACCGGCCGGAAGAGCAAGCGUCCACCACCAUUCGCUAGCAAGGGUCAAACCAUCAUCGCUCGUCUCAAUGUGACGAGUACCGCUGGUGCUGUGUGUGUUGAGCGCUUCGAGGAUUACAACCAGAUGGGACGGUUCACUCUGCGAGACCAGGGACAAACCAUUGCCAUUGGUAUGAUUACCAAGCUCCUCACAGACGAAACCCAGUAG